GUUUUGAGUUUUGACAAAAGGGUACAGAGGUUAGGUGAGAAAAAUAUGUAGAAAAUUUUUGUGUAAAUGGCAAACCUAAUCGAUUUUCGAACGUGCAAGACGUACAUUUGAAAUAAUGACCGGCAAUAUACCGGUAAAAUAGAAAUGCAUAGAUAUUACGAUGACAAUGUAGUCGAGACUCAUAUAGGGGGUCAGCCACAAGCGACCCCGAAUAAAAACGAUUUUUUAGCAGAUUAUCCCAUUGUCAAAGCCUUCUUAGCUGGUUCAUUUUCUGGAACAUUCUCAACAGUAUUGUUUCAACCACUGGAUUUGGUAAAGACAAGGUUGCAAAAUUCAACUGCAGUUGUAAAUGGGCGGCAUGGUAGUGUUAGUAUGUUCGGUGUGUUUAGCAACAUUAUACAGCAAGAACAUAUCAAAGGAUUAUGGCGCGGUAUGGUCCCAUCGAUUACAAGAUGUGUUCCUGGCGUAGGACUGUAUUUUUCCUCUUUGGAUUACAUAAAAUCGUCAUACUUGAAUGGAGAAACGCCAACUGCUUUGGAAUCUGUUUUAAUGGGCUUCUGUGCAAGAUCAAUGAGCGGCGCCAUCUUGAUACCAAUUACUGUAGUAAAGACAAGGUUUGAAAGUGGUGUUUAUGGAUAUGACAGCAUGAUGUCUGCGUUGAAGGAAAUCUAUAGAACAGAAGGUAUCAAGGGAAUGACAUGUGGAUUGGUCCCUACUUUAUUCAGGGAUGCCCCAUUCUCUGGACUUUACCUCAUGUUCUAUACGCAGGCUAAGCAACUUGUUCCACAAGAAAUACUGAACACCCAGUACGCAUCACCCAUUCAUUUCACUUGCGGCGUCACAGCCGGUAUAUUAGCCUCGGUUGUUACCCAACCGGCUGACGUACUAAAAACCAAAAUGCAACUGUAUCCCACCAAAUUUAACGGUCUAUGGUCCGUCAUAGUGUACGUCCACAACAAUUACGGAGUUCAAGGGUAUUUCAAGGGCAUGGUGCCCAGGAUGCUGCGACGUACGCUUAUGGCAGCCAUGGCAUGGACAGUGUAUGAGCAGAUAUCGAAACAUAUAGGGUUAAAGUAGUAUGGUGCAUUGGGAAGGGCUAGCAUGGUUUGGUAAACCUCCUAGUUCAUAUUUUUUUUGUAAAAGAAGUGUGGCUAAAAGUUGGUGCUACAGGAUGAAUCAGAAAAAUCAUUGAUGGAAACGCAUAAUUUUCUUUCUUAAGUAUGAAAAUAUGUUUUGUGUAUUAUUUCAAUUUAAAAUAAUGAUAUCCUAUAUCAGUAUACAGAUAUUUAGAUGUGCAGCAGUGUGAUUCUGUAAGUUGUCCAAAGUAAAUUCUUGCUACAUAGUGAGUCACUAGCAAAGAAAUUUCAUGUUACGUGUUUACAGAAUCGCACUUCUGAUGUCAGUCUAAUGUCACUUUUUGAACGUCAAUAUUUCAUUUGAAAAAUUUGACAAAAUUUUGUUGAUCUAACCAGAGCCAGUAAUUAAAUACCUACCAAUGUAUUAUUGUUUCUAAAAAAAACAAUAUAUCCUACACUGUACUACUUUAUUAAUAAGUUUAUAUUGUGUGAAUGUUCCUAUAUGUAAUAUUUUUGUAUAAAUUUGAUAAACUAUUACAUUUAAUGUACUGUACUAAAGGGAUAAUCUGCAAACGAUAUUGUAUGGCCACAUACAGUAUUGAUUUGUGAUAUAUUGUUUCUUCAUUGUUGACUUGUAUAUUUAUAUUUUUAUUAAAAAAUAAAAUACUUUAUUAG